AUGGAAGAAGCAGAGAAGGAGUUGGAGAGAAGAAGCAAGUUUCUAAACAGUUUGAUACAGAACAAGAAGAAAGCAACACAACAACAACAACAACACCAACAAAAACAACAAGAUCAAGAACAAGAACAAGAACAAGAGAAAGAGCAACAUGAUAAAAACAGUAACAUUCAUGUCAGAGCUUGUGACAUGUCUCUCACUUUGCAGAAACACGCCUUCCAAUGUGCACGUGACCAUCUUGAUUCUAAGCCAUCCAAGAAGAUUGACAGUAAACAUCUGGCAUUGGCCCUUAAGAAGGAAUUUGAUUCUUCAUAUGGACCAGCUUGGCACUGCAUUGUAGGAACUAGUUUUGGUUCCUAUGUUACACAUUCUGUUGGUGGUUUUUUGUACUUCUCCAUUGAUAAGGUUCAUGUCCUUCUCUUCAAGACAGCUGUUGCACCAUUGAACCAUUCAUGA